AUGGAGAUAAGAGCUCUUAAGAAAGGGGAUGACGAAUGGAUUUCAGAUGCUAAGGAGAUCAAAUGUGAAUUAGUCAGUUUCUUUAAGCAAGGAUAUGAAGGUGUGGAAUGUAACUCAAAUCCUUCAGCAGAGGAGUGGUUACAACACUUACCUUGUAUUUCCCAAGACCAUGUCAACAUGCUACACAAGCCUUUUAGUACGGAGGAAAUAAGAAAGGCAGCCUUUGCCCCACACCCUCUUAAAUCCCCUGACCCGGAUGGUGCACCACCACUGUUCUUCCAACGGCAUUGGAAUGUCAUCAAAAAUGAGGUGGUGGAGGGGGUGCAAUUCUUCUUUAGAAGAGGGCAUAUGCUGCGGGAAACUAACAGAACCUUUCUGGCCCUUAUUUCGAAGUGCUCAAAUCCAGAAACUGUCACGGAUUUCAGGCCGAUAGGCUUGUGCAACUCUCUUUAUAAGAUCAUCUCUAAGUGCAUGGUGAAUAGAUUGAAGCCGAUAUUAAAAGAAGUCAUUGGUGAGUUCCAAAAUGCCUUCAUCCUAGGGAGAAUGAUGUUGGACAAUUGCUUUAUUGCUCAUGAAAUCUUGCAUGAAGUUAAGCAUAGGAAGAAAGGUGGGAGGUUUGAGGCAAUUUUGAAGAUUGAACUGAGCAAAGCCUAUGACAGGGGCUUACUGCAAGGAAUCAAAAUCUCCAGAAGGGCACCUUCCAUUUCCCACCUAUUUUUUGCGGACGAUGCUCUUUUCUACUUUAAAGCAACCCCUGCAUCAAUUAGGGUGGUGAAAGAGACUUUACAAGACUUUUGUCAACUGUCGGGAGAGGUCAUCAACAUGAAGAAGUCCUCUAUACUUUUUAGUCCUAACACUCCCUCGAGAUUUGUGAGGAUUCUGAGGCAACCUUUGGGAAUAAGAAGCAACACUGAGCUAGGGACUUACUUAGGGUGUCCGAUGGAUAUUGAUGGAAGAACAUUUGCAAAGCUCAAAGGUGUACAAGAAAAAAUAAUGAAAAUAAUAUCCUCAUGGAAGUUUUCCCACCUCACUAUGCCUGGUAAGAUAAUUCUUAUUAAUGGGGUGCUAGCAGCAUCCCUUCAGCAUAUCUUGUCAGUCUACUGGUGUCCUAAAUCUCUAGCAAAUUCUAUUAUGUCCAUCUUGCUGAAAUUUUUAUGGAGAAAUUCGACUGCUAAAAAACCAAUUUAUUGGGCAAAGAAAAGUCUAAUUUGCUCUCAUAAAACUAGUGGUGGUCUAGGGAUUAGGAGUGUUAUGCAUUUGAACAAAUCUCUUUUAAUGAAACAAGGAUGGAGAAUGAUCACUAAUCAUGGCCUUUUAGUAAGUAGAAUUUUCAAAAGCAAGUAUGGAAAUGAUCUCAUCAGCCUUGGGCAUAAAGAUUUAGUUCCAAAAUUUGGCUCUUGGGCAGCAAGAAGUAUUGUGAAGGCAGCCUCGGAACUAAAACAGCAUAUUGGUUUCUCAGUGGGAGAUGCAAGGAAAUUGAUAUCCAAAGGAAUAUUUGGUCUAGUUUGGAGAGCUUUUAAUGAAGAGGAUACAAGAAAUAUUCUCAGUAUUUAUCUCCCUUCUGCGCGUGAAGAUAAAAGAGUGUGGCUACCAGGCCUAAAAGGGUCCUACUCUGUAAAAUCGGGAUAUUGGAGCCAAUUUAACCAACAACCCUUAGCAGAGGACAACUGGUUUUGGAGAAAAUACUGGAAGAUAAACAUUUGGCGGAAAGUUCUUCUAGGAUGGAGAAUCCUUCAAAAUAAGUUACAUACUAAGGACAAUCUCAACAGACGAGGAGUAAAGCUAGAGGAGUAUUGUGUUCUAUGCACAAAAGAGGAGGAGAAUGUGGCACACCUCUUUAGGGAAUGCGAGGUCACUAGAAGAAUAUGGUGGGGAUUACUGGGGAUUAGAACUAUGAGCAAUAGUCAUAUCCCCUUCCAGAAAUGGCUGAAGGAUCUUCUGGCUUACUCUUUGAAGAAUGAUAAGGGAAGUGAUACUUUUCUAUCAAUGCCGCUGAUAAUGCCGGCAAUCUGGCUGCAUAGAAAUGAUAUUACUUUUAGAGGCAUGAGUGCUAACCCAGCAGACAUUGUAGAGUUAGCACAGGUACAUGCUCAGAGAUGA